UUUUUAAGAAGUCUAAACGUGCUAUUUCUUUUCCAACGUGUUAAACACACUCAUUGUCAAGAAGAGUGAAGAAAGUAACGUGUUUACUAUUCACACGCCUACAAAUCAACCUCACUCCUAAAAAUUUGGUCAAAAUACUCCUCAAAGUCUCAAUACAACAAGAGAUACACUAACCCGUUGCAAUUUCUCCAUCAAGUCAUUAGAGUAAUUCCCACUUUUUAAACCUAGACUCACAAAUUGGUCAAUCUAAAGUUUCGCCAAACCAAAGCACUAUAUAAACAGCCAUAACAACUCAUAAUUUCUCUCAACUCUCAUUCUCUCCCUUACAAUCAUGGCUACUACACCAAUGAAUUCAAACCUCCUCUACAAGAUUAUUAUUGUUAUUUCCUUCCUUGCAAUCACAACUUGCCCGGUUGCCUCAGCCGAGGAAUGUGCCUCGAACCACCAAGGAGCAUGUCACAACCGGAGCGAGGCGCUCAAGUAUAAGAUAAUAGCAAUACUUGCAAUUCUAGUGAUGAGCAUGAUCGGCGUAUCGCUGCCGAUGCUCUCACGCGUUGUGCCCGCGAUUCACCCAGACCGUGACCUUUUUGUGCUAGUGAAGGCCUUUUCCUCCGGUGUCAUCCUCGCCACCGGUUACAUGCACGUAUUGCCGGACUCAUUCAGUGACCUCAUGUCGGACUGCUUGCCGGAAAAACCGUGGCACAAGUUCCCAUUCACUACAUUCAUCGCCAUGUUUUCUGCUGUUUUCACCCUCAUGGUGGACUCUUUCUCCAACUGUUUCUUUAAGAAGAGAAUCCUUGCUUCUUCUUCUACUACUACUGGUGAUUUUUCCGAGAAGAACAUUGAAGUUGAUGGUGGUUGCCGCAAUGAAGUGAAUAAAGAAUUGGAAUUGCUUAGUCACAGUCACACUCACGGUGAUGAGAUUGAACACGGAAAUGGAAACACGAAAGUUGUGAGUGGGGAACAGUUGCUUCGCUAUCGUGUUAUUGCUCAGGUGUUGGAGCUAGGGAUUGUGGUGCACUCGGUGGUGAUUGGUUUGUCAAUGGGAGCUUCGGAUAAUCCAUGCACAAUUAGGCCUCUCAUUGCAGCACUUUGCUUUCAUCAAUUCUUUGAGGGAAUGGGCUUAGGAGGCUGCAUACUUCAGGCAGAAUAUGGGAUGAUGAUAAAGGGCACUAUGGCCUUCUUCUUUUCGGUGACAACUCCAUUUGGAAUUGCAUUGGGGAUAGCUUUGUCGAAGGUGUAUAGUGAAACAAGUCCAACCUCACUCAUAGUUGAAGGUGUUUUGAAUGCUGUGUCUGCAGGGCUUCUCAAUUACAUGGCAUUGGUAGAGUUAUUGGCCACUGAUUUUAUGGGCUCAAAACUUCAAAGUAAAGUGAAACUUCAAAUGUGUGCAUAUCUUUUUGUUAUGCUGGGAGCAGGAGGAAUGUCAGUCAUGGCAAUAUGGGCAUAGAGAAAAAAGAAAUGUUGUAAGAAAGAAUAAAGUAGAAUUUUUAGGGUGGGAUUGCUUUUUACUUUUUUUUUUUUUUUUCUCACAUGCAUGCCUUGGUUAGUUUUUCAAGCCCCUGAGAUCUAGUUUAGAAAGACCUAAUAGAUGUUAGCUCCAUGCUCGAACUCAAGAUUUUAUGU